GGCACACAUGAAUUUAGCGAUUUUCUGACGUUUUGUCAUCUUCACGGCGCGUUUUAGGUUUAAUUAAAAUGUGAUAUAGAUAGCAACUAAACUAAAUAUUUAUUGCAAUUGUAAUUGUUAUGUUUCUAAAUAGAUGCAAUUAGAUGAAAGUGUAGAUACAUAUUAAAUUGAAGGUUUUGAGGUUAUGUUCGUAUCGUCGCGGUAUUUUCAGACCAAACUAAACGGAGAAUGACCGACGGAGACGCUAAUAAGUAUAGUAGAGUGGUAGAAAUACCAUGGCCAUUUAUAAAAAGAAAAGUAGAAUGCGCUGGGUCUGCAUUUCUACGAUAUUAUAACAUCAAAUGUCACGGGGCAGACACACAGCUGUUAACAUCCACAUCGAAAGAAAACAGCGAGGAAGUAAUCUUUGAAGACGACGUGGAAUAUUUGAGAAGUUUAGAUCCCAAAGAAUGGAAGAAACAAGAUCAUUAUGCCGUGUUGGGCAUGAAGGACUUGAGGUAUAAGGCUAGCGAAGAUGACAUAAAGCGGGCCUAUCGCCAGAAAGUACUUAAACAUCAUCCCGACAAGCGAAAGGCUCAAGGUGAAGAGAUACGCAGCGAUGAUGACUACUUCACAUGUAUUACAAAAGCAUAUGAGACCCUUGGGACACCCAACAAACGAAAAUCAUAUGACUCGAUAGAUCCUCAGUUCGAUGACUCAGUCCCAACCUCCGCGGAAAUUAAAAAGGAAGGUUUCUUCAAGGCAUUCGCCAAGUACUUUGAAAUGAAUGCUCGUUGGUCUGAAAAAAGAAAUGUGCCUUUAUUGGGUGAUGACAACAGUUCACGUGAGUAUGUCGAGAGGUUUUACGCUUUUUGGUAUGAAUUUGAUUCGUGGCGUGAGUUCUCGUACCUGGAUGAGGAAGAAAAAGAGAGAGGAGCAGACAGGGAAGAGCGGCGGUGGAUUGAAAAACAAAACAAAGCUGCAAGGGCAAAGUUAAAGAAGGAGGAGAUGGCUAGGAUACGGAGUCUCGUCGACUUGGCGUACGCAAAUGAUCCAAGAAUCCAGCGCUUUAAGCAGGAAGACAAGGACAAGAAGUUGGCUGCAAAGCGUGCUCGACAGGAUGCUGUUCAAGCCAAAAAAGCAGAAGAAGAGCGUGUAUUGAAAGAGGCUCUGCUUGCAAAACAAAAGGCGGAGGAAGCUGAGAAAGCUCGUCUUGAUGCUGCAAGGGCUGAAAGAGAACAACAGAAAAAAAAUCUGCGUAAAGAACGCAAGUCACUUAGAGAUCUAUGUAAAGCCAAUAAUUACUAUGCUCAAAAUGAUAACGAAACUGUCGCUCACUUGGCAGCCGUUGAAAAAAUUUGUGAAAUGAUGAAAGUUAUGGAAUUACAAGAUUUUAUGAAAGAGUUAGAAUCAAAUGGAAGGGAGGCUUUCAUUAAAACUGUUAAAGAAACGGAAGAUAAAUUGGAAGCUGAACGAAAGGCAAUGUUUGAAACAAAAAAAGCAGAAGAUCAGAAAGCCAAAAAGAAUGCCAUUUUGAAAGCCCCUAUUGAUUGGACUCCAGAAUUAACUCAAUUGCUCAUUAAGGCUGUAAACCUGUUUCCUGCGGGCACCAAUCAGAGAUGGGAAGUUGUUGCUAACUUCCUUAACCAGCAUGGAACAUUUGUGGAUGAGAGACGUUUCAAUGCCAAGGAGGUACUCAACAAAGCUAAAGAUCUUCAGAGCUCAGACUUCUCAAAGAGUAGUCUCAAGAAGGCAGCCAAUGAAGAAGCCUUUGAUCAGUUUGAGAAAGACAAGAAGAAAGUUGUAAAUAAUAUUGAUGACAGUAGUAUAUCCAAAAAUGAUACAAAAUUAGUAAAUGGAGUGGCAAAACCCAAAAUGAAUGGUGAUGUUAGCAAGGAUGCAGCUAAGGAAGAGAAAGCUUGGACAAAAACUGAGCAAGAAUUGUUGGAGCAAGCCAUCAAGACAUUCCCCGUGAGCACACCGGAGAGGUGGGAGAAGAUCGCAGACUGCAUCCCAAAUCGCACCAAAAAGGAUUGCAUGAAGAGAUACAAGGAGUUAGUAGAAUUGGUCAAAGCAAAGAAACAGGCAGCGAAUGUCGCUUAACGAUCCAUUCAUUUAAUGCUGUUUAAACGAUGACAGUAUAAAUAGCAUUAAAUGAUAAUUGAAUUGUAAAUUGAGAAAUUGGAAAUUUUGAAAAAGAGAAAUUUUAACUCUGCACUGUGUUAUAUAAAAUAAAAUAGUCCUAUUCAAAAUUUAACUAUAGUCUUUGAUGACAAGUGGUACAAAUCAGUAUGAAAUAUGUUAUUGAUAAAUAUUUUAAACACCUAUAAAGACCUUAUGUAGCAUAUUUAUAAACUGAAAAUGUUUAUUUUUGAGGUUAAAUAUGUAUGUAUUACUGAAAUAAAAUCUCCACAUUAGUCAGGCUGUAAUUUGACGUAUCACAAGGUUAUGAACGAGAAUAUUGGUGAUAUGUAUAUAUUAUAAGACUUUGCAAGUGA